CAAUCUUUGACUUCCCAGGUGUCUUCGUACUUAGUCGCAUGCUGUCCGCUCAGCCAACCAACGCUGUCUUCCCUUCCUCGAGCAGCUCCGUGUCAUUCUCCCUUUGAAUCGUCGAAGAAGCGCCCCGACCGACUCAACCCCCGAAGGAAGCAUGAGCAAGCUGAACUCUGAGCUGCUGUCGCAGGCUGUGGACGACAUCCUGGCCUUCUCUGCCGGCGAGACCGUCACCAUCAACGGUGAGGAGAUCAAGGGCAAGAAGCGUAACUUUAACGAGACCAUCGAGCUGCAGAUCGCGCUUAAGAACUACGACCCGCAAAAGGACAAGCGUUUCAGCGGCACGUUCAAGCUGCCCACUGUCCCGCGCCCGAACAUGAAGAUCUGCGUGCUUGGUAACGCUGUGCACUGUGAAAUGGCCGAGAAGGAGGGCUUCGAGUACAUGACGGUGGACGACCUGAAGAAGUUCAACAAGAACAAGAAGGUCAUCAAGAAGUUCGCCAAGAAGUACGACGCCUUCCUGGCUUCCGACACGCUGAUCAAGCAGAUCCCGCGUCUGUUAGGUCCGGGUCUUAACAAGGCCGGCAAGUUCCCCACCCUGGUGACCUCCAACGACUCGCUGACCGAGAAGGCCGAGGCUGUGCGUGCCACCAUCAAGUUCCAGAUGAAGAAGGUCAUGUGCCUCAACGUUGCUAUUGGCCACGUGGCUCUGGAGAAGCAGCAGAUCGUGGUGAACACGCAGCUGGCCGCCAACUUCCUGGCCUCGCUUCUGAAGAAGAACUGGCAGAACAUCAAGGUGCUGUACCUCAAGUCCACCAUGGGCCCCGCUAUCCAGAUCUUCUUCUAGAUGUGCUGCUUUGUUGCUUUAUGGGCCACAUGACUGGAUUCGUACAGUCAAAAGACGUCUCACCAUUGCAUUUGGGCAAUGGAAGCUACUUCGACCUCGGAUAACAAUUUAAAGGGAAUUCGUUACCAGAAAAACUCACUACUUUUUAUUCUUGUUUUCUGUGUUUGGUCUUGGUCCAACAUUUGCAAAUAAACUGGGGCAGAACUACUCAA